UGUUGUGUUCCAUAUUGCAAUAUGAACAACAACAAAAAAACAGAAGUGAGUGUGUUCUUCCCAAAAGACGAAGUGCUUGCCAGCAAGUGGCUCAGAACAAUCAAGAGGGAUAACUUUGCUCCUAUGACCAGUAGCAAGGUGUAGCUACAAGUAGCGAAGUUACAACAGAGUCAGACACCACAGCAGAACCUGAUCUUGUGUCAUUUUGUGCCAUUCUUGGGAACACACGAGCACUAAGAGUGCCUGCCCUUUUUAAACAAGUAGAUGGAGACUACCAGACAGUAGCCGACAUGGUAGGGGGGCGUUCUCGUACCGAAUCUACCACUAGUCAUGAGGAAAGUUCAGAUGAAGCACGUGGCGCACGAUCACAACGCAGGUCACGAGGUCAAGAACCUCCUCUGAAACAAGGUCACCGACCCUCUCGAGGCGACCCAGAAUAUAGUUAUGCACGCCCAGUAAAGAAACCUGGACCCCCACCGCCUCCGUUAUCAUCUACGGAGAGCAAUAGUGCAGAAUAUGGUGACGGCUGGGCAGGGAUGGAUAGUGACAGCUACAGUCGGCGCCACACCCUCGAGUUCUCGGAAGCUGAAUGUGAUCACCCUUCCAUCAAAAAAGACAUUGAGCCGCUAGAACAGCUUAUUGUAGACCUUGAGAAAGAGAAAAUUCUUUUUGAUCCUAACAAGACAUCGAAACCAUAUGCUGCGGUACUCUGACGCUCUGCUGUAUAAUUUUUUUUAUAUAGUAUUAAUUAUAAAGAACUGAAAACACAUUAGUAUUGCUUUACAGUUCAGUGUCAUGUAAAACCUAAAUACUCCU